CCCUGUGUCUAGGUCGUUUGGGAAGCGCCUUGGAGAGUCAAGAAUAAAAUUGCAGGUCAAACAAUGGAUGACUGGAAAAGUCGGCUUGUAAUCAAGAGCAUGCUUCCCCAUUUCGCCAUGGUGGGAAAUCGUCAGGAGCCCAGAAAGCUCCAGGAAUCGGGAACCAUUAAGAGGAGGCAGGAAGGAGAUAAUUUCCAGCUCUCAGGCAUGGCCGACGGGGGUUACCCUAAUAAAAUCAAGAGACCUUGCCUCGAAGAUGUCACCCUUUCUCUGGGCCCAGGUGCCCACCCCAGCACACCCUGUCCAGAGCUGCAGGUCCCCGCGUUAGCCAUGAACCCGAGCUCUGCAGCUCUGGGAACCGCCGGCCACGCGUUACUCCUCGAAACUAAUCCCAUGAACGGCGGCGUGAUGGGCUCACCCUUUGUGGUGCCACCCACGGCAGAAAUGGGGCUGAAAGGGCCCCCUCUUCCUUACUAUGACAAAAGCAACAGCGUGCCCGCUGUAGACCAGGAGCUUCAGGAUCUGCUGGAGGAGCUGACAAAAAUCCAAGAACCCUCUCCGAGUGAGCUGGAUCUGGAGAAGAUCCUGGGCAGCAAGCCGGAAGAACCGCUGGUCUUAGACCCCGGCCCGGCCACCCUGGGCGCCACUCCUAAGCCGGCCGUUCAGAUGCCGCCCUUGGAGAGCCUGGCUUCCGGCAAGGACUUUGCCUCAAGCUGCAGCCAGGUCACUGGUGUGUCGCUGCCGAUCCCACCCUCUUCUGUGGGGGUCAGCUAUGGGGUUCCCUCCACCAGUAAGCAGAUGGCCUCGCCCAGUUCUUCCACCGCGCAGGCCCAGAGCCAGGUCCCCGCGAUGCUCCCUGCCACCCUGCCCCCGCUCCCGGUGCCGCAGUGGCACCACGCCCAUCAGCUGAAGGCGCUGGCGGCCAGCAAGCAGGGGUCCAGCGGCAAGCAGCCGGGCCCCACCACCAGCUGGUCUGGCCUGCCUCCCCCAGGCCUCUCCCCGCCUUACCGCCCGGGGCCGUCGCCACACCCGCCGCAGCCCUUCAGCCCGCAGGGCCUCAUGGGGUCGUGCAUGUCGUCCAGCAGCCUGCCCGGGAGCACCCUGCACGGCUCCCCCGGCGCCUUGCUCUCCAGCGGGGCGCCCAGCAGCAGCUCUGCCCUCGGACCCGCCCUGCCCUACGCCCCCGAGAAGCUCCCCAGCCCCGCUCUCCACCAGCAGCCCCAGUUCAGCCCGCAGAGCUCCAUCCUCGCCCACCUGGUGUCCUCCGGCAUUAAGACCCCGCAGGGGCACCUGAUGUCCGCUCUGCCCACCAGCACCCCGGGGCCUGCCACCCCCUACCGCCCGGAGAAGCUGGCCAGCCCGGGGCUGCCCCAGCAGUCCUUCACGCCGCAGUGCCCCCUCGUCCGCAGCCUCACGCCCACCACGCAUCCGCUCAGCCAGCCGCUGCCGCAGGCCAAGGCCAGCUUCAAGCCCAUGGCCACCACCUCGCCCAAAAGCCUGAGCGUGAUCAUGCAGCAGGGGCUGGCCAGCCCCGGCCCCGGAGCCCCGGAGCCUUUCACUUUCAGCAACACCAAGCCCUUGUCACACUUCGUCUCCGAGCCGGGCCCCCAGAGGCUGCCCUCCGUGCCCGCCCCGUCUCGGCAGCCCGCGCUGCUCCACUACCUGCAGCAGCCGACGCCGACGCCGACGCAGGCCUCUUCUGCCACGGCCUCCUCCACGGCCACGGCCACCUUGCAGCUGCAGCAGCAGCAGCAGCAGCAGCAGCAGCAGCAGCAGCCUGACCAUUCCUCGUUCCUCCUGCAGCAGGUGAUGCAGCAACCGCAGCGCCUUCAGCGGUCGGUGGCCUCGGACGCCGUGCCUUCUUUGCCCAGACAGGCCUGUUGCCAUCUGUUUUCGUGGACGUCUGCGGCUGGCUCGGGGGAGCGCCAGCACCAGCACUGGAACCCUUACCCUAGCAGGCAAGAGCCUCAGCCUGGAGACGUGUCAGCAUCUAACAUUACUCAUGUAGACAAAGCCUGCAAGCUUGGGGAAGCCAGGCCCCCCCAGGUCAGCCUCGGGCGACAGCCCCCGUCCUGCCAGGCCCUGGGGAGUGAGUCCUUCCUGCCCGGCAGCUCCUUUGCUCAGGAGCUGGCCCGAGUCACCUCCUCGUACAGCACCUCAGAGGCAGCGCCCUGGGGCGGCUGGGAUCCGAAGGCCUGGAGGCAGCAGGUGCCUGCUCCACUACUGCCUCGCUGCGACGCUGUCGCAAGAGAAACAGAGAUCAGGUCUUAUGGCAAUGACCCCUGAACAGCGGAGUGCAUAUGUCGCCCAGCAGAUGAGUCAAUUUCAAGCCGUCCAAGAUCAAGUCACCUCCAAGUGUAGCCGGACCAAGGCAAGCCCCCCAUCCAGCCAGCUCAUGAUGCCACACAGAGCUGGGCUCCUUCAGCACAAUCGGAGUCCAGGAACCAUCCCACCCACCAGGCACC